AUGUCGAAUAAUAUGACGUCUAUUUCAUCAUCUACAUUGCUUACUGCCAUUUUCAGUACUAUAAAUUCAACAACAGUACUAACAUCAACUAUUUCAACACAUAAAAAUACAUUUUAUGAAAACUGUUUACAAAAAUAUUCUCUAUCAACAUGUCGAUUAGCUGAAUUUGUUCGUGUAUUAGCUUAUCUUUUUUUGGCUGUAUCAUUUCUUCCACAAAUAAUUCAUUUAUUUAAUCAUGGUUCAAGGUAUAUUGCUGGUAUUAGUUAUAUGUGGAUAAUAAUACGUGUACUUGGUUUAGCUUCAUUAAUGGUUGCACAUGCAUUCAAUUGGUCAUUUGUAUUUGAAUUAAUUGCUAUUAUUUCAACAAUAGCUAUAUUUAUACAAAUUUUUAUAUAUGCUGAUAAUCUUCAUCGGCAACAAAAAAUUAUAUUAAUAGGUAGUGGUUUACUUACAUGGAUUAUUGGUGGUGGUAUUAUAUUAUUAUUAAGAAAAUAUGAGAAUCUUUUAAUUGUAACUGGUUAUUUAUUACUUUCAGUACAUAUGUUACCUCAAAUUUUACUUAAUUCAUUAUUACGAACAGCAAAAUCUUUAUCAAAAUUUUCUAUAUUAUUUCUAGCAAUGAUUACAUCUUAUUAUGCUUUUUCAUUUUUCUUAUUUAUGUAUCUUCAAAGUAUAGUUUAUUCUGAUUCACAUAUUCAUUUAAUAUCUCGUUCGGCACAUACUGUUCUUACACCAGGUGUUGAUAUAUUUACUGGACUUGAUGCUAAUGGUGCACGUAGUACGGGACAAGAACCACAAAUGUUUUCAAUUGAUGAUUUAGAACCAACUGAUGGUACUGAUGUUGUUUAUCAACCGGUUACAUCAAAUAAACCAUCACAACCAAUUGCUGAACAAACUCCAAUGAAGCGUGCUGUUUGGUAUGCAACAUUAGCAUCAAUUGCUGGUAUUGAAAUAGUUUUAACAAUAAUGCUUGUUUUGAGAGCUUGGACACCAUGGAUUAUACUUGUACCUGUUUCUAUUCCUGCUUUACUCGGUAUAUUCUUUUUAUUACGUACAAAAUUAAAUGUUUUACAAACCGAACAAUUGAGAAGAAUUCUGUAA